CUCCCGGUCUCUCCCUCCUGUCGCUCGCCUGUCCCGGGAGCCCGGCGGGUCCGGGACUCCCGUCCUCGCCGGUCCGGGCGCCGGCAUGUGGCUGUGGGAGGAGCAAGGGGGCCUCCUGGGCCCCUUCUCCUUCCUGCUGCUGCUGCUGCUGCUGCUGACGCGCAGCCCCUUCAAUGCCGGCCUGCUCACGGGCAGCCUCUACGUCCUGCUGCGCUGCUUCAGCUUCGAGCCGGUGCCCUCGGCCAGGGCGCUGCAGGUGCUCAAGCCCCACGGCCGCAUCUCCGCCAUCGCCCACCGCGGGGGCUGCCACGACGCGCCGGAGAACACCUUGGCGGCCAUCCGGCUGGCAGCUAAGAAUGGAGCCACCGGCGUGGAGCUGGACCUUGAGUUUACUUCCGACGGGAUCCCCAUCUUAAUGCACGACAACACCGUGGACCGGACCACCGAUGGCACUGGUUAUUUGUGUGACUUGACAUUUGAACAGAUCAGGACACUGAACCCUGCAGCCAAGCACAGGUUGAGGAAUGAUUUUCCUGAUGAAAAGAUCCCCACCCUGAGGGAAGCCGUCGUAGAGUGCCUAACCUCUAACCUCACCAUCUUCUUUGAUGUCAAAGGCCAUGCCAACCUGGCUGCUGUUGCUCUAAAGAAACUUUAUGAGGAGUUUCCUCAGCUAUACAAUAAUAGUAUCGUCUGUUCUUUCUUGCCAGAAGUUAUAUAUAAGAUGCGACAAGCCGAUCAGAAUAUCGUGACGGCGCUAACUCACAGACCUUGGAGCCUGAGCUAUACAGGAGACGGGAAACCGCGGUACGAUUCCCUGUGGAAGCAUUCCAUGCUCAUGCUGAUGGACAUUCUGCUCGACUGGAGCAUGCACAACAUCCUGUGGUACCUGUGUGGGAUUUCAGCUUUCCUCAUGCAGAAGAAUUUCGUCUCCCCGGCCUACUUGAAUAAGUGGUCGGCCAAAGGGAUUCAGGUUGUUGCGUGGACUGUUAACACUUUGGAUGAAAAAAGUUACUACGAGUCCCAUCUCGUCUCCAGCUACAUCACUGACAGCCUGGUGGAAGACUGCGACCCUCAGUUCUAGACUGUCAGCCCCUGAAGGAAGCACGGGUUCAGAAACCACCUGCGGAGCUCUGGCAGGGAAAUUAAAACACCGUAUGCUAUCCCAAGCUCUGGGGUUGGGGGGAAGGGGGAGGUGGGGUGCCAGGUGACUCACACAAGCAGUAGUCAGUAAUUCCAUUUUUACUUGAACUAAAGCAAAACCCAGUGUUAGCACCACACUCCAGGGAAUCCCUGAAUCCACCACUGGGGCUCCCAGGAAGCCUGGGGCUGAGGAAAGGUCCUGGCCGAGAUGCACACCGAGCCUCAAUGAGAAUAAGCACAGGCUGAGCUGGUGCCACGUGGGGACACAGGUGCAAAUGCAUGGGAAAAUGCAUGAUCCCUCCAAGUGGGCAUUUGAACACUUGGCACUUAGGUAAUGUGCUGGCGCACUUAGGUAAUGUGCUGAUGUUGAACAGUUUAGCGUCAGCGACAUUAACAACGUACUGUGGAUGUCAAACUUGUGACUACACUAAUAAAAGUCCUUCAAAGGA